AGUUGCACAUGGCAAAGAUUCAUCUAAGGAGCUCUAACUGUAGCAUUCAUUCAUAAAGUGAGAACUCUUUUCAAACUGGACAUAUUUUUCAGGGGAUAAGAGCACUCCCAAAUUAUACUUUUCUAGGACUGUAGACCUUUCCUAAGCAAUAAUAGGACAAUUUUAUUUUUAUUUAUUAAUUUUUUUUCAAUGUUUGUUUAUUUUUAAGAGACAGAGAGAGACAGAGCAUGAGUUGGGGAGGGGCAGAGAGAGAGGGAGACAGAAUCCAAAGCAGGCUCCAGGCUCUGAACUGUCAGCACAGAGCCCGAUGUGGGGCUUGAACUCAGGAACUGCGAGAUCUUGACCUGAGCUGAAGUCGGACACCUAACCAACUGAGCCACACAGGCACGUCUUAUUUUUAUUCUUUUAAGUUUAUUUUUAUUUAUUUUGAGAGAGACUGAGACAGAGCGAGUGGGGGAGGGUCAGAGAGAGAAGAAACAGAGAAUCCCAAGCACGUUCCCUGCUGCCAGCACAGAGCCCAAUGUGGGGCUUGAACUCACGAAACUGCAAGAUCAUGACCUGAGCCAAAACCAAGAGCCGGUUGUUCAACCGACUGAGCCACCCAGGCACCCCAAUAUUAGGGCAAUUUUAUGUGGCAGUCCAAUGUUUGUAGGGUAGCUUGCUCCAACUUAAUAAAAGGACACUAUAGGUAUAGAUCUGGUGAUAGUUAUUUAUAUUCUUGUUCAGAAUCUUCAACUUUUCUUGAGGUUUGUAGGAGCAGAACAAUUUCUUCCCUUCUAGUUUCUUUGCCUUGUCUAAUAAUUAAAUUGACAUAAGACAGAUUAACAGGAGUAAAACAAGUUUAAAUUCAUACAUAUGGGAGCUUCCUAAAAAUAUGAGACUCCAAAGAAGUGACCAAAGCAGGCAACUUUUAUACCUUUUAGACAGGAAGGCAAUCCAUUUAUGAAGAAUUGACAAGACAAGGGGGUUUGGGCUUAGAGUAGUAAAUUAGUGAAGAAGUAACAAGGUUUGUUUAUACAGCCUUCUCAGGCCUUAAAUUCCCUAUCUCUGGUGAUAAGGAUGCCUUCUUCCCUCCUGGUAGAGGAGGGGGACAUUUCCUGCUUUCAGGGGGACAAAGGAGCAUCAGAGUGUUUUUAUACCAGCUGUUUCUCGGGUAACUUUAAUUCAAAAUAAUCCAGAUGACAAAGUAGCACAUUUUGGCGAGCCAAUUCUGCCCCCUGUCAGGUUUAUGAUCUAUUCCUCUGUCCCUGAACUACCAUUUGAACUUGGUCUCUGCUCUUCUCUGCUUUGACAGCUGUCGAGCUCCCUGUGUGGAACUGGCUGUGCCAUCUUAAGAAUGUUUCCUCGUAUUUACUAUCCAGCCCAUGUCCUCCUCUGGCUUUUUCAUGCUAACAUCUCUGAGGUAGACCUUUGUCCUUGACCUUUUGGUCUGCUCUUCCUGCAGAAAGCCUGCUAUGUUAUGUUAAAAAUAUAAAUCUUAAGGUAACUUAAAAUUAUCACUUGGAUAGUGGAAUACAGGCUUUGUCUCCUAUUUUGUGUUUUUAUUUUUUUAAUGUUUAUUUCUUUAUUUUGAGAGAAAGAGGGAGCAUGCGAGCAGGGGAAGGGCAGAGAGAAAGAAUCCCAAGCUGACUCCGCGCUGUCUGUGCAGAGCCCGAAUUGGGGCUCGAACUCAAUGACUGUGAGAUCAUGACCUGGGCCAAAAUCAACAGUUGGAUGCUUAACUGACUGAGCUACCCAGGUACAAGUUAUGGAAGAGAAAUUAAAAGCAGCUAAUAUUCAAACCAGUGAAUCAGAGACAAGGUUGUAUAAAAAGUGUCAAGAUCUGGAGACCCUAAUACAGGAAAAAGAUGACAUUAUUCAAAACUUGGAAUUGCAACUUGAGGAACAGAAACAAAUAAGGAUACAAGAAGCUAAAAUAAUAGAAGAGAAAGCAGCUAAGAUCAAAGAAUGGGUAACACUUAAAUUAAAUGAGCUGGAAGUAGAGAAUCAGAAUCUUCGUUUGAUCAACCAAAAUCAAACUGAAGAGAUAAGAACAAUACAGUCAAAACUACAAGAAGUUCAGGGGAAGAAGUCAUCCAUUGUCUCUACACCAAAGUUCUCGGAAGGCCAGCGCCUAAGCAGUUUGACCUUUGGGUGCUUUUUAUCCCGAGCAAGGAGUCCUCCUCAAGUAGUAAAAUCUGUGGAAAUGAGCAAAAUAUCAUCUAAAGAACCUGACUUCACUGAGGGAAAAGACAUAGAAGAAAUGGAAAUUCCAGAAAAGUCAGGCGAGAACCAAAUCCAGGAAAACAACCGGGGUCCGAGAACAUUGCAUCAAACCACUUGUGUCUCAGAACAGAAUCGGAAAACAAGAACAAGCUUUGCAACAGAUGGUGGCAUGUCCCAGAAUUCUGGGGCUCCAGGGAGUGACUGGAGUUCGGACGAGGAAGGUGGGAGCAAAGGAAGAUCCAAGAGCAGGUACACGUCCACCCUUUCCAGUCACACAUCAGAGGAAGGCGUCCAAGGUAGCAGAAUGGGCAGCGAGGCGUAUCUGACAGCAUCCGAUGACAGCAGUUCCAUAUUUGAAGAAGAAACUUUUGGCAUAAAGAGACCGGAGCAUAAGAAGCUGUAUUCUUGGCAACAGGAGGCACAGUGGAAAGCUCAGAAUUGUCCCCUUGGAAAGGGAAAUUCUGAAUCAGAUAAAAAGGAGCACGAUAGUUCAUCGGAUGAACUGAAUAAAAAAUUUCAGUCUCAAAGACUGGAUUAUUCAUCUUCGUCCAGCGAGGCUAAUACACCAAGCCCUAUUUUGACCCCAGCUUUGACUCCAAAGCAUCCUAACUCACUUUCUGGAAAAGGAACACAAUUAGUGCCUUCAUCAAACCUGCCACCCCCGAAGUUAAGGAUUCCUAAUGUUUUCAGUAUAAGUGUGGCACUAGCCAAAAGGCACUUAAGCCAGCCACAGUUAAGUUCUGAUAGGAUGUUUGGUACAAACAGAAAUGCCAUCAGCAUGAUCCGGCCGCUCAGACCUCAGGAAACAGAUCUUGAUCUAGUUGAUGACGACGGUACAGAAAUUUUAGAGAAUAUGGACACUAGUUGUGAUGACGGAUUGUUUUCCUAUGACUCCCUGGAGUCCCCUUGCUCUGACGACCAGGAAAGCUGUGACUCAGCCAAGAAGCCGGCCUGCAGCAAACCACCAACUCCGCCCCUGCACCGGUUUCCCUCUUGGGAGAGCAGAAUUUAUGCUGUAGCCAAAUCAGGUAUUCGAAUGUCUGAGGCCUUCAAUAUGGAGAAUGUUAAUAAAAAUUCUGCCCCUCUGCUCUCCUAUACCACAUCAGGACUCUAUACCUCCCUGAUAUACAAGAAUAUGACAACCCCAGUGUAUACAACUUUGAAGGGGAAGGCAACCCAAAUAAGCAGCAGCCCGUUCCUGGAUGACUCAUCUGGGUCAGAGGAAGAAGAUAGUUCCAGAUCCAGCUCCCGGACUUCGGAGUCAGACACGCGCAAUCGAAGCGGGCCAGGCAGCCCCAGAGCAAUGAAACGAGGUGUGUCUCUUUCUUCUGUGGCUUCCGAAAGUGACUAUGCCAUUCCCCCAGAUGCUUACCCCACAGACACAGAAUACUCACAGCCAGAGCAGAAGCUUCCUAAAACUUGCUCAUCUUCCAGUGAUAACGGGAAAAAUGAACCCCUGGAAAAAUCUGGCUAUUUAUUAAAAAUGAGUGGUAAAGUCAAGACUUGGAAGAGGAGGUGGUUCGUUCUCAAAGGUGGUGAAUUACUUUACUAUAAAUCUCCGAGUGACGUAAUUAGAAAACCCCAGGGCCAUAUUGAACUUAGCGCAACCUGCAGUAUUUUAAGAGGAGAUAACAAACAAACAGUUCAGCUGACCACUGAAAAACACACCUACUAUCUGACUGCAGAUUCUCCCAAUAUAUUGGAAGAAUGGAUUAAAGUAUUGCAGAAUGUUCUCCGAGUACAAGCUGCCAACCCACAUUUUCUGCAGCCUGAGGGCAAACCCACGGUGAAGGGAUUGCUCACCAAGGUAAAGCAUGGCUACUCCAAGAGAGUCUGGUGUACGCUUAUAGGAAAAACAUUGUAUUAUUUUCGUAGUCAAGAAGAUAAGUUUCCUUUAGGUCAGAUCAAACUCUGGGAAGCUAAAGUUGAAGAGGUUGACAGAUCCUGUGAUUCAGAUGAAGAUUAUGAAGCCAGUGGGCGAAGUCUAUUAUCCACACAUUACACCAUCGUGAUCCAUCCCAAAGACCAAGGUCCAACUUACCUCCUAAUUGGAUCCAAGCAUGAAAAGGACACUUGGCUUUAUCAUUUGACUGUUGCGGCAGGAAGUAACAAUGUAAAUGUUGGAUCUGAAUUUGAACAGCUGGUUUGCAAACUGCUCAAUAUCGAAGGAGAACCUUCCUCUCAGAUAUGGAGACACCCUACUUUGUGUCACAGCAAAGAAGGAAUCAUUUCCCCACUGACAACACUACCCUCUGAAGCUCUACAGACAGAAGCUAUUAAAUUAUUUAAGACAUGCCAGCUCUUUAUAAAUGCAGCAGUUGACUCCCCUGCGAUUGAUUACCAUAUAUCUCUAGCCCAGAGUGCUUUGCAAAUCUGUCUGACACAUCCUGAGCUACAGAAUGAAAUUUGCUGUCAGCUCAUUAAACAGACAAGACGGAGACAGCCACAGAAUCAACCAGGACCGCUGCAGGGCUGGCAGCUCUUGGCUCUCUGUGUUGGGCUCUUCCUUCCCCAUCAUCCUUUCCUGUGGCUCCUCAGGCUCCACCUAAAGAGGAAUGCAGAUUCCAGGACAGAAUUUGGAAAAUAUGCCAUUUACUGCCAACGGUGCGUAGAAAGAACACAACAAAAUGGAGACAGAGAAGCAAGACCCUCAAGGAUGGAAAUCCUUUCAACCCUUCUUCGAAACCCUUAUCAUCAUUCUUUGCCCUUCAGUAUCCCCGUGCACUUCAUGAAUGGGAUCUAUCAGGUAGUUGGAUUUGAUGCGUCCACCACAGUGGAAGAGUUUUUGAAUACUUUGAACCAGGAUACAGGCAUGAGAAAGCCAACACAGUCUGGCUUUGCAUUAUUCACAGACGAUCCUUCUGGCAGGGAUUUAGAGCAUUGUCUUCAAGGAAACGUUAAGAUUUGUGACAUUAUUUCUAAGUGGGAACAGGCUUCCAAAGAACAGCAGCCUGGGAAAUGGGAAGGUACGAGAACUGUUCGUCUAACUUACAAAAACAGACUGUAUUUCUCAAUGCAAGCUCGUGGAGAGACUGAUAGAGAAAAGUUGCUGUUAAUGUAUCAGACAAAUGAUCAAAUAAUAAAUGGACUUUUUCCUCUGAACAAGGACCUGGCAUUAGAAAUGGCAGCUCUUUUAGCUCAGGUGGAGAUUGGAGAUUUUGAAAGACCCUUUUCAACUCCAGCAGGGCAUGUUCCUAAUCAGUGCAAAGCAAAUCAAACUCUAAAACAAGUCAUAGAAAAAUUUUAUCCUAAAAGGUAUAGAGAUGACUCCUCUGAAGAACAGUUAAGGCAGCUCUGCCAGCGACUGUCAACCAGAUGGAUGGCCCUCCGGGGACACAGUGCUGCUGAUUGUGUGCGCAUUUACUUGACAGUAGCCAGGAAGUGGCCAUUCUUUGGUGCCAAGUUAUUUCUUGCAAAACCCAUAACUCCAUCACCACUCGGAAGUACUGUCAUGUGGCUGGCUAUCCACGAGGAUGGCUUAAGCAUCUUAGAAUACAAUUCCAUGAGGUUAAUAAUCAGCUAUGUGUACAAGAGUCUAAUGACCUUUGGAGGUCAUCAAGAUGAUUUUAUGAUAGUCAUUAACAAUACACAUUCAAAGGACAAACCAACAGAGAAAUUACUUUUUGCCAUGGCAAAACCCAAGAUUCUUGAAAUCACUCUUUUGAUCGCCAGUUACAUAAACAACUUCCAUCAGCAAAAGGCAGCCUUUCACCACCUCUCUGCUCCGGCUCUGCUCUCAGCCCAGACCCGGGGGCCGGAAGCCAGGGCAGCGGGAGGCCAGCCCCUGCUGUCAAGCAGCAGACCAACCAAAGGCCCCACUCUGCUCUGAAAGCUCGGGAGCCUGAACCCUCACUCCCAUCCUCCAGCCAAUGGCUGCAUCAGCUGCAGAUAAGUGCGUUGACACACUGGCAGUGUUGCGCCCACACUGGUUUUCCAAACUUCAAAAAUGUGGGCGUUUCUCUCUUUCAUUUGAUCCUUAAAUAUUCAAAUGAACACGACUAAUGAACCAUAAGCACAAAAUUCGCCCACGUGCUGAUAUUCUCGUAGAUUAAAUGGGUUAGAAUUCAUCAUUUUUCCACCUCCUUUGUCCCUUGCCAUCAGACACAUCAUGCAGUGUGGCAUUGUUUUGUCUCUUGAAAAAAAUAUUCUGGCAAAGGGAGCUACCAAACUCCCAUUUGGCAAACCAGUUAAUUAUUUGGAAGCGCUCACUGCCAAAAAAUUAAGUGCUGUGAUCAAGUGUGCUUUUAAUGAACGAUAUGGUGUUCGGAAGGACAUGUACAGUGUCAGCAACAGCUGCAGGGUGCUGUUUAGUGGCACAGUUUUAGAACCGGCACAGUGCUUGUGGCACCAGGAAUCACCGUGAGUAAACAAGAGUUAGGUAACCAGAGCCUCCUGUGUGGUAUUAGAAAGUGCACCCUGUCACCUUUUCAGAUCACUGGAGUGUAAAGUUUAAAACGAGACAGUGACUCCUCACAUUCCUUGGCUAUUACUGGAUGGCCCAAGUUCACUGGAGUAUUGCCCACAUUUCCUUGCAUUUGGUGCUGGGUCAUCUUGACCUCAUUUUGUUAAAUAACAUCUUUGAAAACAAACAGAUGCUUAAAACUUUGCCCUCGUAUAGUCAUUUUUAAUUAUGGUUUUAGUAUAAAUGUCCCCAAAGUAUAUUUUAAAAGAAAAGAGAAAGAAUUCUUCUGUCAAAGGAGGUAAACUUUUAGUUGAGAGAGUCUAGAAAUGUGUUACUUUGCUGGAAUACAUGAGUGGUCAGUUCGUUCCAGUAUGUGCCAAAACAAAGUAAUUAGUAUUCAUGAUAAAAAUGAAACUGUGAUAAGACAUGAAAAUUAUAUUAUAAAACUGUUUAAUUGCAAUAGUAAUCAUGAGUAUACUUAAUUUUAUUUAUGUGGAGAAUAUUUGUAUUUAUUUUUUGGACAUGUAUUUAUCACUUUGUGUGUGGUAUUUGUUUUUUUUUAACCAAUUGAAAAAAAAAUGUUAGCUGCUGAUUUAAUUUGUUGGCAGAGCCUUCAUAGUUUCCUCUUUGCUGCUUUCUCCCUAUGGCAAUAUACUGUUGUCACACUAAGACUUUUAUAAAAAUAUUCCAUCUCGUAUUAGCGUCCUGCGAAAGGGCAGAGCCAAGAAAUACACUGCUCAGCUAAGAUUUUUGCUUUAUUGGGAAUGACAAAAAGAAGGUCAAAAAACCCCACAGAAAUAGAUUUCCAUUUACUAUUUCCCCGAAUCUUUUGAGCCACAGCCACUCUCAGCAUAAGCAAGUUGAUUUUUGAGAAUAAACAAGUUACCAAUUUGCGAUGAUUCUCAGGAGUCUUUUGGCUGGCAUCCAAUAGAGUUUCUUAGUUCCCAGGAAACUGUUCAGUAAUCACUAGUUGGUAAGCCAGAGGCUUGGCAGAGCUUACAUCUGUGUGGGGACUUUAUUCCCAGGCAAUAGUUACUUCACCAUCGGGUAAGCACACCCCACUCCAAAUCUUCUCAUUUGAACAAGUAGUGAAGGCUUAGCUUAAAUGGUGGCAUUUAUUUUUGAUAGAACAGAGAUAAAAUAUUUUGAUGGAAAGAAAUCAAUUUUCUGUAACUGAUGAUGUGAAAAUUUUAUUUUCUGGGAAAUUACUUAUAUAGCCAUUUAAAAAAUUCAAAGUAUGUUAUUAUGAUUGGUUACAAGAGAAUAACGUUACGUGUUUAAUUGUCAUAUUUGUCUCCUAUCAUUUUCUUCCCUUUCAAUCAUAAUAAAUGAUUUACAAAACCCA